AUGUCCAGUCCUGCUGAAAUCGUUGAAGAACUUAUCAAAAACAACAAAGUUGUGAUCUUCUCCAAGUCUUAUUGCCCUUACUGUACUGCUACCAAAGAUCUUUUCAAGCAACUCGGUGUUACUGUAGUGGUUAUUGAACUUGAUGAACGACAGGAUGGUGCUGCUAUUCAAGAUUAUCUUUUGACAAAGACUGGUCAACGUACUGUUCCUAAUGUAUUUGUUGCUCAAAAACAUAUUGGUGGUAAUGAUAAGGUUCAAGCUGCUAAUAAAGAUGGUACUCUCCAAAAGUUACUUGCUUAA